UGGAAUAUGGGUAACAGGCAAAACUGGACUGGUCUAGGUGCUGGGAAUGGGACUGGUAUUGCUGGAGCUGGAAGCCGGACCGGAGUUGGCAUCACUGGAACUGGAAGCAGCGCGUCAACGCAGCCCCGUCCGUCCCAAGUCUCCGGUCGGUGCGGCGAUGUCUCCCAUCCGCCUGUCCGUCACCUCCACCACGGGCAGCCAGUUUGACCUGUCUGUCCCGCCGGAGGAGACGGUGGAGGAGCUGGUGACCCGCCUCUCCCGUUCACUCAGCCUGCCCAGAGACCGCAUUGUGCUCCUGUACAAGGAGAGGCAGCUGAAAGCAGGGAAACUCUUGGACUUGGGUGUAGCGGAUGAGAGUAAACUUAAACUGGUCCCUGCUGUCGAAGCCGGUUUCGAAUGCCAAACAUCUAAGACCGAAACAUCCAUGAUACAAUCUCUGGAGAGUUUAACAGAAGCUCAGAUCAGCGACUUCCUGUCUGGGCGUUUACCUUUGACCCUUUCCCUGGGAAAUGGUGCACAUGUGAUGUAUGUCCAACUCCAGCUGGCUGUCCAGAAUGUAGCCGGACUGCAGCAGCAGCACAAGCAUCCAAGGACAUGGAGCGAUAACAAGGUGCAAGCUGGGCUGAUGAAUUCGAUCCGUUUGAACCACCCUGGAUCUGUGUUGACCCGUUCCUCCACCAACACCCCAGCAUACCCUACUCCAUCCCCCUCUCAAAUCUUUCCUGCGGUCCCUCAUUCUCCAGCCUCUUCCCAACUAAGCAGCCAAAGGCCCACGACUUUUCACCUCUCGACAGCCACCGCCACCUCGUCCGACUUGUCCAAUGCAACCCCUACAGUCUGCCAUCCACAGAGUUCAACCUCUUCUCACUCCUAUCCAUUUCACUCCGUCCUCACAUCUCCCUCUCUGCCUUCUCACCCUCCACCUUCCAACUCUCCGAGUCUCCCUGCCUCCCCCUGCAGCUGUCUUAGUCCCACCUGCUCCAAUCCUGGACACCAGAGCCCAGCUGUAGCUUCAACCUUCCCAGAGAUUAAUAGUCUUGCUUUGUCACCUGAUGUGCUGUGCCAGGAGCCAGGAGCAGUCAUAGAGAGUUUGGUGAACCACGCUCCGGGACACUUCUCAGGCACCUUCUCAGGUACUCUGGCACCUCUCAGUGGCGUCAACCACCCCCGCCGUGGCAUUGCCAUUAUCCUGCAGAUCCUCAAUGAUCUUCUCAGUGCCACAUGUCAACAUCAGGCGAUGACACACACCCUUCCCCAGCGCCACGUUCCAACAGCAGGCCUCCCAGUCAGCCCAGAUCACUCGGACAAAGCGAGCCCGCAACCACCAAGUACCCAGAGAAGGAAGGUUCAGGACCUCAGUAAAGCAACAGAUUUGGACAGCCAUAGCCAGCAGGCAUCCACAGAGGAGAACAUUGCCUUGCGCUGUAAGAUGGAGGAACUCCAGUGUUUGAUGCACCAGAGGCGUUUGCACAGACGGACACGCUGCAGCACACAGCCCAAGCAAACCCCUCACCCAUACCAACGCCAGCGCGGUCGCUCUUGGACCUCUGGACGACAGAGAAUCAACAAAUGUCCAUAACGAUGACUGUUCGCCAGUCGGUGAAGGCGGGUCUCCAGAUGACCCGAAGCCGCACUAUCACCGAGGAGCCAUCAUGUAGACCGGAGAUGACCUCUGACCUUGUGGUGUUCUAGUUUAAUGAUGGGCAGCAAAGGCUUCUGGGAGACAAAGCACCAUUUGAGUGUUUUCCCAAACAGACUUAGUGAGAUGUGACCCUAAUGAACUGAAAGAAGCUGAGCCUUGAUAACUUAAGGAGUCACUGGAGCUCCUUAAUGUUUUCAUAUCAUUGUAAUAUACAUUGUGUUCAGUCUAUUCACAUUGUCUGUCAAUGCAGGAAAUAUGUAGCAUAUCUCAAAGUUGGGGUUCAAAUUCAGAUUUUGUACUCGGAUCUUACAACUUUGUGCUUCUUAAAUCUUUCUAAAAAAUGCUGGUAAACUGUGGAUUCAAAUGACUUAAGCAUAUGUCUUAAAAUUCAAAUUGUAGGGCCGCUCUGAUGGCCGAGCGGAAUAAACCGCCGUUCUUGCAACCCGCUGGUCGUGUGCCUGGGAGGUUCGUAUCCCAGACUCGCCGUACCCGCUCACGGCCAGAGCGUCCGCGGGCUAAGGCCUUCAUUAGGCCACCCUUACCCGAUGGAUAGUGGCUGUAGAUCGGUGUAGUGUUCGGGAACUUGUCGUUCUCCAGCGACCCCUCUGGCCCAUCCGCGCUUGCAGCCAAGCAACCGAAAGCAUUCUCCCUAUGUCUCCUUCACGGCCUGAAGGUAAAAAGCAAGAGCAGCCAACACGAGUUUGAAGGAAGCUGGUGUUACGACUAUCUCCUUCCUGUGGAAACGUGAGCCAGGGGAGUUAUCGACAAGAGUUCUGGCCAUAUGCCAUUGGGUUAAUCAGGUGGGAAAAGGGGAAAAACUAGAAAUAAAUUUAUAUUUUAAAAAAAAAAUCAAAUUGUCGGGGGGCGUCCGGGUGGCAUGUCAGUCUAUUCUGUUGCCUGCCAGCACGGGGAUCAUCGGUUCGAAUCCCCAUGUUGCCUCCAGCUUGGUCGAGUGUCCCUGCGGACACAAUUGGUAUGUGUCCUGGGGCCUCAUAUCAGUCGUUACCAUAGGCAAAUUUGUGCGUACACAACCAUGGAAUUUUUUAGCCCUCAAGACUGUCUGACAGUUAGCAGCAAAGCAUGAUGGUUAUUUGUAAUUCCUUCCUCCUAAUAUCUAUUGUCUACCUCUUGCAACGAGAAGUCACCCAGGCCUGCCAAGACAUCAGUGUUAGCCCAUCCAUGUCUAAAUUCAGGGGUUACCCAGGUUCUACACUGGUCUCUGAGACAAACUUCAGGGCUAAAAAAUCCCACUGGUGUGUA